AUAAUCUCAAAAUCUCAUUCCGGCGCGGGGUCUCCGCAUCUAAGAGCUUCAAUAAGGGAACAUUUCAGCGACAGCCACUGCUCACAGGAACUUCAUCAUGGCGGAUAAAACAGAUGGAAGCGCUACGGCUCGUAAGCCAGUGUUCUUUUUCGACAUCGACAACUGUCUGUACUCUAGAAGUCACAAAAUCCACAACCUCAUGGCAAAGCUUAUCGAGCAGUAUUUUGAGACACACUUGUCACUGGGAGAGGAGGAAGCCUCCAGAUUGACGAGAGAAUACUACAAGACAUACGGCCUCGCUAUCGAAGGCUUAGUCCGCCACCAUGAAAUAGACCCAUUGGAUUUCAACGCAAAGGUGGAUGACGCGUUGCCUCUCGACGACAUCCUAAAGCCCGACGCAGACCUCCGAGCGCUGUUGGAGGAUAUCGACACCAGCAAGGUCAAACUUUGGCUUUUCACGAAUGCCUACGUCAACCACGGAAAGCGGGUUGUGCGACUCCUCGGAAUCGAUGACCUAUUUGAUGGUCUGACGUACUGCGACUACGCCCAGUACCCCUUCGUCUGCAAACCAGCCAAGGAAAUGUUCCGCAGGGCCAUGGAACAGGCCGGGGUUGAAAAUCCGGGAGAUUGUUACUUUGUUGAUGAUUCCUACGAUAAUUGCAAGAGCGCGAAAGAGCUCGGUUGGACAGCGGCCCAUCUCGUCGAAGAAGGUUUGCCUAUUCCCGAGACACAGGCUUCCCAGUACCAAAUUCGUCAUAUAAGAGAGCUUCGUGACGUUUACCCUCAAUUCUUCAAGUCCAGCGCUUUGAAGACUUAGAUCGAGAAACAAAGAUGAUGCCUAAUUAGGUCACAUAGAAAUGAAAAAGACUAGAAUUUAGAUAGAUCAGAAAAGCCAAGAGCAAGA